AUGUUCACGCGUCGAGAACUAUUUGGUGGUGCAAUUGCCACCUUUAUCCCUGAAAAUUUUGUUGACAUCAGUGACGUGAGAGACGUCCCGGAUAACCAAGAGGUGUUCGUGAAUGUUGAAACGGACCAAAGUAUCAUUGUUGAAAUCUUGCAGCACGUUAAUACGGAUUCGGACGAAGCAGCAAUCAGACAUCAUUUUAUGGCUUUGGCGGCCGACAAUGAUGCUGAAGAGCAUAGUGAUAUCCAGAAAGUCGAAUUGGCCGCUAUCCCAAGGCUCCCUCCGGAUGUACCAAAAUAUUUAUUGUUAGGACAGCAAUUGGUUUCAAAGUUCCGUGAAACGGAUCCUAACUCGAGAAAUUUAUUGAACAUAUUGAUGGCAUUAAUCAGGCUUCCAAAUCAUAAUACGGAUAUCGUGAUCACCUACAAUAUACCCAUAUUGAUUGGAGCUACUAGUAGCAGUAGGCAAACAGCUCGCGAAGGCAAUCUGUUUGAGGGAAUGGAAGUGUUCAAUAGAGUGUUGACCGAAUUUGAAGUCCUUAGUUGGGAUCUAUUUAACGCUUAG